ACACACAAACAGGGCCUUGGUCACGUUGUCUGUCCGUGGUUUGCUUGAUUCUUACCAAACCAAGGAAGGGCUUUACUAAAGAGAACAAUAACAAAAUGUCUCCGUCCGUCACCCAAGUCCAGAUCGAGAGCCACGUGUUCCCUCCCACUGUCAAACCUCCGGGCACGGUCAAGUCCUUCUUCCUCGGCGGCGCAGGAGAGAGGGGUUUGGAAAUCCAAGGGAAGUUUAUAAAGUUCACGGCCAUCGGAGUGUACCUCGAAGAUAGCGCCAUUCCCUCGCUCGCCGUUAAAUGGAAGGGCAAGAGUGCAGAGGAGCUGACGGACUCCGUCGAGUUUUUCAGGGAUAUCGUUUCCGGUCCCUUUGAGAAGUUCACACAGGUGACUAUGAUCUUGCCAUUAACAGGGCAACAAUACUCAGAGAAGGUUACAGAAAAUUGUGUUGCCUAUUGGAAAGCAGUUGGAACCUAUACCGAUGGUGGUUCUAUUCUUUUUACCCAAUCACCCCUUGGAUCAUUGACGAUUGCUUUCUCGAAAGACAGCUCCUUACCUGAGACUGGGACUGCGGUGAUAGAGAACAAACAAUUAUCAGAAGCAGUGUUGGAGUCAAUCAUUGGCAAGCAUGGUGUUUCCCCAGCAGCAAAGAAGAGCCUGGCAGCAAGAGUGUCAGAAUUGUUGAAGGAGAAACCUGAAGCCUAGACAGCUGCUGCUGAAUAAGUACCGGCAUAGUUGGUUUACACUAGUGGUUAGGUUGCUGAAGAAGAAAAAAGAACAGAGAGCUGAUUUUCAGAUUGAUCUGUAGUUCCUUUGAAGAGAAACUAUAUUUAUGUUCUUCCUCUGCUUCAUAGCUAAGUUUGUGUUUUGUUAAGUGUAAUAAUAAAUAGCACCGCCACAUUCACACAAUUUUUACAGUCAGAAUACAUACAAUUGAGACUCUUACCUGUAAGAGUUUCCAAACACAAUUUUUACAGUCGGAAUGCACACAAUUGAGACUCUUACCGUUAAAAGUUUCCCGUUUUGGAAACUCUUACCGGUAAAAGUCUUAUUCGGACAGAUUCGGGCAGAAAAAAUUGUGGGUGAAUCAUUAAUCAAUAAUAGAGAGGUUUUUUACUUGUACUCAAA